AUGACGGCAUCUCUUGCUCAUGCCGCACAGGGUAACCACAACAACAAUAGCAGCACCAGAACCACAUCCGCAUCCAACUCCAACACCAGCGCCAGCACCGGAAAGUCCAAGCCACCGGCUGGUUACAUGAGCACCCGAUCGGCGGCGAUGAUGGCCUUGGCAUUGGGACAAACACCGGGUGGCAGGAGCGACAAGUCCCCGCCAGCUCCUCGAGCCGCAUCACCCGCCCAGUCGCAAACCCAAUCCCAGUGCCAGUCCCAAACGCAGUCACCACAUCCCGGUGCCAACCGAAGGCUAUCGAAUGCCUCUUCCCUACCCAGCAACGUGUCCAGAUCCAAGCCAUCCACGCCGACGGCGACCAGGGCGGCAGCUCAGCUCAAUGGUUCGGGUCUCUUCUCCGGCGGCAGUAACUCCAGCGGCUCCGACAACGAUGGCUUCAGUGCGUCCGGCUCCUCGGCGGCCACUGCCCUGCGGCGUUUGUACUUCAAGAGCGGACGCAGCAUCAAGAACAAGAUCAAUGCCUCGACCACGUCGUCGACUCCACUGAACGGACUGCCCCUGAAUCCGGUGUCCAGUGCCUAUCACAACUCCGUUGGUGGACCCAUGCACAACAUGACGACGGCAGGCGGAGUGCCAAAGCUGGUGGUGAUGGGCACCUCAUCAGCCUCGAUUCCGGACACCACCAUCAACACGUCCACGGACUCCGCCUGCACGCUCAUCACGAAUGUGACCCACACGGAUACCUCGGAGACGUGCGACUCCCUGGACCUGGGUGACAACUCGUGUCCCAGUGAGCCGCUCUUCAGCUCGCUGGAGGAGCCACUGCUCACCGCCGUCCACAUCGAUUCGGAGCACGAGGGAUUCGGCGGCAUGGGCUGCGGCAGGGGAGGCGCCAAUGGACGCGGCGCCACUGAGCUGGAACUAACGAGCUGUUCAAGGUAUCCGCCCAGGCCCGACAUGAAUCUCCAGGACAGCGUCGAGAGCCAGGAGUCCUGUUUGUCCAUCCUGACCGGCGAGCCGUCCUCCACGACGCCACUGCUCUCCUCGCAGCGACGCCACCCGACGGGCGGUCACUCGCCGGGUAGCCAGCGACAGGAGCGGGAGCGGGAGCCCAGUACGGCUCCGCCGCCCACUCGAGUGCGGGAGCACUUCACCUUCGACCCCCCGCAGUCACCGAAGUCGGCGCGCAGCAGCGAGAAGUCCACCAGCCACUUUUCCUUCAAGAACUAUGGUAAUGAGUCGGCAAAAGCCACCGGAGUGGGCUCGGGCACAGGAGCAGGAUCCGGGGCAGGAGUGGGAGGCGGAGGAGGAGGAGCUGGAUCCGGGGUUGGAGGAAACGGAGUUAUGGCCGCCAGUGAAGGCGACGAGGAGGACGACGAGCGCAGCGGCGACAGCAUAGGCAAUCGCAGCAAGAAACUGCGACCGCGGGAGCGUGACCCCAACCACAUCUCGCCCAGCGUGUCGCCCUCGCACAGUCGCCGGGCCAGUCCGAAGCGGGAGAAGCGCCGCACCACGCCCAUUGCCUCCACGGGCGCCAUAUCCAAGGUCAGCUCCGCGCCGCCCACCAUGAAGGAUGUGAACUUUUUCGGUAGCUCCGGCAAGCAAAAGCAGCGACAAUCGCAACAGAACAUUCCGCCGCACCAACUAUCGCCAUCGGCGCAGCAGCGCAAGUACUCGUCCAGUUCCUCGAGCGGCAGCAGCGAACGAUGCCUGCGGGAGGCCACCGGUCCCGGCACCAUGUUCCCCUUCGAUCGCGAGGCCCUGGACUACGAGCGCAUCCAGCGGGAGUGCUUUGCUCCCAGCUCCACGACGGCCAGCAACAGCAGUGACUCGGAGGCGGAAAACUGUUCCGUGUAUGAGCGAAAGUCCGGAGCAGACAUAUUCCAGCAGUACUCGCGACUGAGCCACCAGGAGCAACUGCAGCAGCAUUACCAGGAGCAGCGCGACUGGGAGCGCGAUCGACCGCCGUCGCGCAAGAACUCCAAGCGCAUCCGGCCGGAUUCGGUGAUCCACACAACCAUACGGGAGAACCAGCAGUAUGUGCCGCAGUCGGAUGCCUUCUAUCCCCAGGCCAAGUCCUCCUCCUCGCCCAGCGAUCACUCCUACGCCGAGCUCAACAAGUUCGAGGACAUUGCCAGCAAGUUCGAGCAGAUACCGCCCAAGCAUGGCUCCAUUUCCGUUUCCGGUUCCGGGUCCCUGCUGAAUCUGCACCACAAGAUGCCCAGUCCGGGCAGCGAGUCCGCUGUCAGUCCCACGGACUCCGCACGCCGCCGAUCCUUCAAGAACAAGCAGCGCCAGCAGAAGGAGGAGCACUUCUACAUCCAAACGGAAGAUCGCAACGCCGCUGGCAAUGGACCCAUCAACGUGACCGCCAAUCCGCUGGAGGCGGCCGCCGUCUGCAAGCAGCCACGUGCCACCAUUGUCGUGCAGCAGUCUAUACAUCCGGUGAUUUAG